GAGACAGAGCUCUGGAAAGGCAGAUAGAGAGAGGGCAGAGGCAACGGCCCUCUUCAGGAGGGGGGGGCUUAUUAUAAUAAAUAUAUACACACAUGUGUAAACUGUUUGGCCGCAUGAUAGGUCAUAUGUGGAUAACAGUUAUUUUAGAAAAGCAUACAACCGCGGCUUUACAUUUAAAAUGCCUAUUUUACUUUUCCUGUUAGACACGUCCGCCUCUAUGAAUCAGCGCACUUAUUUGGGUACGACGUAUCUGGACGUUGCUAAAGGCGCGGUUGAGGUCUUUAUGAAGCUGCGUGCCCGAGACCCGGCUAGUAGAGGCGACAGGUACAUGCUAGUUACAUUCGAUGAUCCACCAUACGGAGUGAAGGCUGGCUGGAAGGAGAACCAUGCCACCUUCAUGUGCGAGCUGAAGAACCUGCAGGCAUCUGGACUCACCACACUGGGUCACGCUCUUCGCACAGCCUUUGACCUGCUUAACCUCAACCGCCUUGUCUCAGGCAUAGACAACUAUGGACAGGGCCGUAACCCUUUCUUCCUUGAGCCAUCUGUGAUCAUCACUAUCACUGACGGGAACAAGCUUACACACAGCUCUGGGGUGCCAGAUGAGCUGCACCUGCCUUUGAACUCUCCUUUGGCAGGCAGUGAACUGACCAAAGAGCCCUUCCGCUGGGACCAGCGUUUGUUUGCGCUGGUUCUUAGGCUGCCAGGAGCAGCCACACCAGACACCGAGCAGCUUGGUAGCGUCCCCACAGAUGAGUCUGCCAUCACUCAGAUGUGUGAAGUCACUGGAGGGCGGUCGUACUGUGUGCUGACACAGAGGAUGUUGAACCAGUGUCUGGAGUCUCUGGUCCAAAAGGUUCAAAGUGGUGUUGUUAUUAAUUUUGAGAAGACAGGGCCAGAUCCACCUCUUGUUGGGGAAGAUAACUCUGUGGAGACGAGUCGUCCUGUGUCAUCCUUCAGUCCCCAGCCGUGGCACAGUUGUCACAAGCUCAUCUAUGUGCGGCCAAACCCAAAAACAGGGGUUCCAGUCGGACAUUGGCCAAUACCUGAGUCUUUCUGGCCAGACCAGAAUUCCCCUACACUGCCUCCUCGCUCUGCUCACCCUGUGGUGCGCUUCUCUUGUGUGGACUGUGAGCCCAUGGUGAUAGACAAACUCCCCUUUGACAAGUACGAACUGGAGCCCUCUCCUCUCACUCAGUACGUUCUGGAAAGGAAGUCUCCACACAUGUGCUGGCAGGUGUUUGUCAACAGCAGUGGGAAGCAAAAUGACCUUGGCCAGCCGUUUGGCUACCUUAAAGCCAGCACCACUCUCACAUGUGUCAACCUCUUCGUCAUGCCUUACAACUACCCAGUUCUUCUCCCACUGCUUGAUGAUCUGUUUAAAGUGCACAAAUUAAAACCAAACUUGAAGUGGCGACAGGCAUUUGAGAUGUAUCUGAAGACCAUGCCUCCAUACUACCUCUUGCCCUUAAAAAAGGCUCUGAGGAUGAUGGGUGCACCUAACCUUAUUGCAGACAACAUGGACUGUGGCUUAAGUUACAGUGUCAUCUCCUACUUGAAGAAGCUCAGCCAGCAGGCAAAGAUGGAAUCAGACCGUCUAAUCGUGUCUGUGGGGAAGAAGGCGCCACAAGAGACUGGUAUAAAGGUAAAGAACCACUCCAGCUCGCUGUCUCUGGCCCACCGGCGAGACUUUAAACAGCUGCUGCAGGGAAUCACCGGGGAAGGGCCGCUUCGCCUGGUGGACAUCAACUUCAAAGAGUUCGCCGGUUUCCAGAUCGGCCUGCUCAACAAGGAUGUAAAGCCACAAGCUUAUCGAAACGCCUACGACAUCCCAAGAAGAAACCUGCUGGACCAACUCACACGUAUGCGCUCCAAUUUAUUGCGGACUUCACAAAAACUGAUCCGAGGGCAAGACGAAGACUAUCUGCACAGCAUCCCUGUAGCUCAGAUGGGGAACUAUCAGGAAUAUCUAAAAAUGAUGCCGUCACCUCUGAGAGAGAUUGACCCUGACCAACCUAAACGUCUGCACACCUUUGGGAAUCCGUUCAAACAGGAUAAGAAGGGGAUGAUGAUCGAUGAGGCAGAUGAAUUUGUAGCAGGCCCUCAAAACAAGAAAAGAGGAAAUUCCGGUGACUCCAUCUCUGGUGCAAGUGUGAAGAGAAGGCGGAGCAUGUCUCCUUUAUUAAGGCGGCCGCUGACUCCACCGGGGAACACGAACCACGUGAUGGUUGGAAAGAGUCCAGGAGGGAUUCAAGGGCAGCAGAACCUCCUCAAACCAAUUCCACAGCAUAAAGGAGUGGAAGGCAACAAUGCAUUGGUCCCUGAGAGUAAUGGAGACGGAGUUCUGGGGCAUGAGUCGGGGGAGAAUUGGCCCAGUGAGAUGGACACCGUGGUAGGGAACCUGACCUCGGAAAGUCUCGAGGAGAAAGCCGGACUGGGAGCAGCAGAUCCAGGAGAGGACAUCAACAUGAUGGAGGAAAGAUUAGUGGAAGAUCAUCUAGACGAGCAGCUGCUGGAGGAGAAAACCAACUGUGAAAGACUGAGUCCGCAGAGCCACUUAGAGACAGCAGACCCUGACCCGGGUGUCCUCGAGACCAUAUUCAUAGCCCCACUAGAUGGUAGCCAAGCAGAGCUGAGGACCCGGGUAAUUAAGGAGGUUCGAAAACCUGGUCGAAAUUAUGAGGCAAUACUCGGACUACUUCAACAGGUGAAAGGACCAGUUAAUGUGCACAAGUAUUUCAUCCUACAUGCUAUCAAAGAGGCUGCCAGGUUCAAGAAGCGCGUCCUGAUCCAGCAGUUGGAGAUGGCCCUCGCUGACCUGGAGGAGAAACACCCAAUAUCUCCACAGCUUCCCAACGACAACGGCAGCUAGUCCUCAAACUGACUCUACUCUUUGCUCCGGAAAUGAAUGAGGCUCCUAUUGAAGAACUUUGUAUUGACACAUCGCCACUCUGAAAGAAAUAAGACAUUGUUCUCAAACUGUGGGAUGGAAAAGGACAAAUGCACUGAAAGCAGAUGCUGAUACUGUCCCUGUGCUGUUACAUCACAUCCUGCUAAAAGCUGAGGCUAGAGCGUUUAAAGCGGAGGAGAGGAGGGGCCUUCAGGACAGAUCCACUGGGGAUGAGUAAAGAGACUUAAAAAUAUAAUCCUCUUCAUAUUGACAGAUGCCUUAAACAUCCAUAUGGCUUUUGUCUGUAUCUGCACUUUGGCUCGAUAGACACAAACACACUCCGACAGAGAGAUACACAAAAGGACAACAGAUGUGGCAAAGCAGGAGACAGACAGGAUUACUGCUGUUAUUUAUAUAUAUUUUUGAACACAGACCUUUCUUCAGCUGGUCUGAAAAGUGUUUGUUAGACUGCAGCCAUUUCUAGUAGACAAUAACCCAGCAGAUUCAUCUUACAACUGAAAGUAUCUGGUUCAUUUUAUUUGCAUUUGGAUCCACUGAUGUCUCAUGUUCGCAAGAUAAAUACUGUUAUCUAAUGUUAUAUCAGCUGAUACUGAUACGCAUCAGUAUUAAGGAAGAAUCCUCUAUCUGUGCAAAUGUAAUUUUCUGUCCUUGUAGUGAUGGGAGAUAUGAAAACUCUCAGGAAAUUUAACUGAAAAACACUUCGAACGCCGUGGAAAAGCUGUUUUUUCCCAGUCCAAUAUAGACCUGGUUUCCAUAGUAGGUACAAAUAGAAGUGGUCUCAUAUAACCACAAUUGGAAAAAAAAAAAAAAUAGGACCGAUGUCCCUCUAGUUCACCUUCAUGUUCUAUCAAAAAUCAAUGACAAUUUGAAUUUGUGAGGUUGUCAGGUUCUGUCUGUUAGAAUAAUGUGGUCUUGAUGCAGGAGAUCAAUCUCCCAAUAAAAGUGGGUGGUACUUUCACUGGGGAAAAAUCAACUAAUUAAAUGAAAGUCCAAAUAUGACUUCCUAUCAGUGCUCAGUAGUAUAUAUAUACUGAUAUCAGUAACUAUUUCCAUGUUAUAAACCAUCAAAAUAUGGCCCAGUAUAAGUUAAGGCAAAUUUUUUAAUAUUUCAAAAAUUUGUAAGAAAAAUCACAAAUUCUCAAAACUGAACAAACUUUGUAGACACUGAUGUUUGAAGAAAUCUAACAAAGAUAAUGCCGGACACCACACUUUCACAAUAGCUCAUGGUCUAUUGACCAGUGAGCUAAUGAUAACUACCUUGAUUCUACAACAUUUGUAAAAGUAGACAAAUGUCUCAUAAUACUUUGCAUUUAUUUAUUAUCUUUAUUUGACAUGGAGGCUCAUUUAAAUGUGUAUUAAUAGUGGCGCAUCAGUGAAUCCAUAAUGUGGAUGGGAUUUUUUGGGAACCAGUACUUGAAACAACACAUACAAACAGUGUCAUGUAACGCUCACACAAACACUCCAUUGAUUCCCUUAUUUUACAGCUUUACCCUAAAGGACUCCAUGCAUCUGUCCAGGCUCGGCCGAAGGUCACCUGUUGGUCAACUUUAACAGCUGGUUAUUUACCCUCUGCUGCAUUUUACAUUUGACAUGGACCCCAGCCCUCCUUCGUUUUUACGACAGAUGUACACUACUUUUACAUGUUCAGAAGGAAUAUAGAUUAUUUUUGUGAAUUUGUUUAUUUCAGAGUAUAAGAACUAUUUUGGAAGAAAAGUAUAAAGCCACUUUUGUAAACUGUUCAAUACACAUGUAAAGUGGAAAGUUUUAUGAACAUACUUUUUUCUAAUAAAAUAGAAAAUAAAACCACUACUGUGA